GUGUAGCAUCGCGCGAGAUGAUGUCGAUUUCAGCGGGAAAACAAAGUAUUCCGAUGCCCUAGUUUGUUUGUAAAUAACUUCAGCAUAAUGAGUGACACCGAAGAAAAGCCUGCAAUGGAAGUCAAACCAGAAGAUGUUUUUAAAAAUGUCACAUACUACCUUGUUGGAGACAUACAUGAGAACGUGGUGAAGCAGCUGGAUGAUGGUGGCGCCAAACUGGACAGUUACCUCAGUGAGAUGGUCAGUCAUGUCAUCGCUGAUGACAUUGAAGCCGAUGAAUGUGCUGAAGCUAAAGACUUGUUUGAGCUUCCCAUUGUAUCCAGUGCCUGGGUUGGACUCUCUGUUAAAUGCAAGAAGCAGCUGCCAAAGGAAAUAUUCUCCCUGGAGGGACUUGUCUUCUCGGGGGUGGUUGUCUGUGUGUCACAGUUGGAUGAAGAGGACCGGAAGUCUGUGUGGAGCAUGGUGACGUAUUAUGGUGGCAGAUGCCAGACGCGGCUGGACAAACAUGUCACCCAUCUCAUCACCUUCACCACCGAGGGGAAAAAGUACACAGAAGCUAUGGAGAGAGUGGACAAGAUCAAGAUCGUAUGUCCAGACUGGGUGAUUGACAGUAUUAAGGAGAACAAGAAAGUAGAUGAAAGCAUUUACCACCCUAGACUGAUAGAAUAUCCCAAACCAGAAUCCCCACCCAAACCAAAGACACCAGAAACAGAAAUCCUGACUCCGACGAGGAACCUGGCCAUCAGUCCGGGGCCGGGGCAGCAACUUGCACAACAGAUUGCUGCUGGGCUCCGACGCAAAUCUUCCUCCGAUGAAAUGCCCCGAAAUGGAAGCCGACCAGGAACGCCAAGCAGCUCCAGUGCGAAGGAAGCGUUAGCUCGGAUGGUGAACAGCCGAUUACAGCAGUCGCGGGUGGGAGACAGUCCCGAGGCCCGCCCGGCACCCCCCAGUCCCCUGUUUCCUCACGCACACCCGUCUCUAUCGCCAGGGCAGCAUCCCAUCGCCCCCCAGAUGACCCUGGGGCAGCCCCCCGCUCUCAACCCUCAGAUGAUGACCUUCAACCCUCUACAAGACCCCAGCUUGGGCAGCAGGACACUGAGGAACAUCACUAACAACGCAGAACAAGCUCAGCAGGGGCUCCGACCAGGGAUGAACAAGAUCCACCAGAUGUUCAACAUGCCCCGCCACGCCAGACCUCCGCCUCCGUAUCCCAUACCUCCCCAUGCACUGCAGGUGCUGCCUCAGUUCUGGGGUCACGACCCUGCAGACAACAUUCCCCCGGACAUGUGCCUGCUCGGGUGUGUGUUCUACGUCACCGACUACCAGGCUAUCCUGGGACAGGAGGAGAUUACCACAUGGAAGCAGGUUAUCGAGCAGUAUGGUGGCCAGGUAGACUCGUCGUACUCCAGUCGCGUCACCCAUCUUCUCUGUGCCACACAGUACAGCGAUGUCUUUCAGCUGGCCCUGAAGGACCAGAAACGGGUGGUGACGGCAUUCUGGCUCAAUGACUGUCUCCUCCAGAAGAAGCUGCUACCUCCCUGGCAGGGGCUCCACAUCCCCCAGGUGUACCGAGACCAGAAGCCCUGCAGCAACCAGAUCAUCUGCAUGACGAACUACGAUGGUGAGGAACGGCAGCGGAUCAAGCAAAUGAUAAACGCCAUUGGUGCGAAAUACACGGGCUACAUGACCCACUCUAACUCGGUCCUCAUCUGUAAGAAACCCGAAGGUUUAAAAUAUGACAAGGCAAAAGAUUGGAGGAUACCUGUAGUGAACGUGCACUGGUUGACGGACCUGGUCAUCGGGAACCUAGAUGCUCUGCGUCUGCCGGUACACGUCAAGUACCUCCAGCUGGGUCAGCACAAUGAGUUCAGCAUGGACAUUGUCAAAGUCCAGGGCUUGAUGGCUGGCUGGAAGACUCCGCUCAAAGUCAGCAAGGAGGCAUGGAAGAAAUUUAUUCCUGCUGCAAAGUUACGACCUCAGCCGGCCCCCGGUCAGGAGAACCCAGGAGUCAAACACAAACUGUCCGAGUCCGAGAAGACCGGACCUCUAGCUAAGAGGCCAAGGCUCGAGAGCAACGGCAAAUCCACACAGCCCAGGGUGAUGUUCACGGGCUACCCUAAGGGCAUCGUCAAGAGACUACAGCAGAUCGUGAAUGACCUUGGCGGAGUGUUGGUGGACAACCCUCGGGACUGUAGCCACCUGGUGUCUCAGAUCUUCUCUCGCACCAUGAAGUUCUUUGUGGCCAUCAACGCCUGCAAGUUCAUCCUCACCAAGGAAUGGCUGGAGGAGAGCCUCAUCCAGAGCAAGUUUCUCGAUGAGGCAAAGUAUCAUCUCAACGACUUGAAGGGGGAGGCAGAGAUUGGCUGUAAGCUGUCCGAGUCAUUACAGAAGGCCAAGUCAAAGCCUCUCUUUCAGGGUCUAUCAUUUCACGUCACGCCUGGAGUGGCGCCCCCUGUGUGUGAUGUCCGGAACAUCGUGGAGAGUGCUGGGGGUACGACAGUCAAACGACGGCCGUCAGCUAAGACCAUAGCAGCUCAAAUGGACGAAAAGGGGAAGCCCAAGUUUAUUGUAAUUACCUGUGUCAAUGAUAUCCAUCUCUGUCGGGACUUGCUGGCCAAGAAAAUCCCCGUCUACAACGCAGAGUUUGUGUUAACUGGAGUAUUGCGACAAGAAGUAAACUUUGACAUAUUUCGUCUCGGAGCACACUAGCAUUCUGUCGGAUGUGCUUCAGAUUCUUGUGGAUCGAAGAAAGACAUGUCGUGUGAGGGUGUGCUUGAUUUGCUUGUGUGUGUGUGUGUGUGUGUGUGUGUGUUUGUGUGCAGGCUCAAGAUUUGGUGCAAAUGGCAGCAGUCAUCCGUGGCAACGAAAACUGGAUUCACCGGACUGUUGGCUGAUGUUUUACAGACUUUUAUAUAGGGCAUCAUGUGAUGAUGAAAACGUGUGACUUUGUUACAGUUGUUUUAGCAAUACGUUCAAACAGACAUACAAUAAAUCCCAUUGUUCAUCAGCAUUAUCCAUAAAUAUGCUGACUCAUCAGCUUGGAAAGCAAACUAUCAUUUCAUUGUGUGCAGUUUUGAUGUGUGGUCUGGUUAAUAAUUACGAACUUAAUGCAUGAUUUUAUAAGAUUAUUGUUGAUGAAUAUACAUAGAUAUAUUUAUGGAGACUUUGGUUAAAAGAUGGAAACUUUCCUGCUUGUUUAUUAUUAUCCACUGCCAUGGAGAAGAGUGGGGCGUUGGAUAUGGGAAUGGAGGUCAUCCGUCCGUCCGUCCUACCCGCUGUCUGUUCGCAUCUCAGUGGGGACAAAAUUUACAGUGGGGAAGGUAAAAUCAGAUUUCUUCAGGACAUAAAACCUAUCUCUUCUUAAGGCUUUUUGGAACUAUUUUUUUAUUAUUGUUUUUCAAAAUUAACUUCUAUGUUAUUCACUGCCAUAUGAAUAAACAAAAUUCUAAAGUGCCCCAUGGCGGGGGAUAGUGAUAACGUUUGUAUCACUAAUGACGUGUGUUGGAUGUUGUUCCUGAUUAACAAGUAAUGGAGAAUCAUUAUUCCUUAACUUUCGGCUCAUUCAUCAGUUUGGAUGGAAUACGCAGCUACUUGCUUUACUUUCUUAAUUGAAGCCAGGUGAUAUAUUGUAUUCUGUGGUGGAAAGAAAGUUAGCUGAAUAGAAAUUUUAGACUCAACUCAACAGCACAUAUGGGAUAGUGAUGCAGUGUUGAUGGAAAGGUAAUUUUACCUGGGCCCCCUUGUGCAAAGCUCAGGUUUUGGAUGCAGGCUCUGUCACUUGCUGUGCAGAGUUGCCUCCCUUACCCAGGACAGGAGCUGAGGCUUAUCCUCAUCACACCGUGUGUCUACCACACCAUGCUCAUGGGCUGCACUAAGGUGGUACAUGUCUGCAAGUCAUGUGAUACAAUUCAGGAACUUAGCACUUUGAUCUCUGUGUGGAACGGGGACAAGAUCUCAUACAAUGACAUACAAUGAUACAAGACGUCCCUGUGGGAAGAUCUGACACCCCCUCCAUUGAGUCGCAUCAGGUGACCUUUCUAAUCAGCCAAUCAGAGUGGAGGCUCAUCAGCAUUCAGUUCAGUAUAACAGAUUUCUGUAUCUCAAAAAAUAAACGUACACAGGUAGUUCUGAAUGGAAAAUAAUAAAGAACGCGAUUAUUUUAUUGAUUUUUCUUUCUGUUUCUAAACACCAUAUCUUCUGUGUAUUAGGAUAUUUAUUCCCCCUGGAGAUUCUUUCCAGGAGAAAGUAAUAUCCCAGGUAAAAACUUCUAGUUGAAACUUGUGAAGUUUAUCAUUUCCAAAGCCAGUAUCUAAAUAAUCUUACUAACGCUGGAAUAUUUUCCCAAAUGAAUAUUCUUUCUUCCGGAAACCUUUUUAUCCGGACCUAUUAAUCAUUUACACCUGCACCCUAAAAAGAUGUACUUUGGGAGUAAUAUCUGGGUUCUAAAUUCAAGUGGGAAUGAAAUGAAGCUCAAUUCUGAUUGGCUCAAGGACCCAAGCAGUCAAAGCCGUCCCUGGGUUGGAAAGGUAAAUGAGAUAGCCUGGUUUGUCAGAUCUUCCUGCAGAGAGGUGUGUAUCGAAGUAAAUGGUUUAAAGUUUGUUUCCUGAUAAGAUGAGUGUCCAUGAUUGGGUUAGGUUUGUGCCAAAAGAUCUUGACUUGUCCAUGCCUGUCAGUUGGGAUUGUGUAUCAGAAAUUCGAACAUGUUGAUAGCCUAAAUAUUUAUAUAAAUUAUAGAGAGUAGUCCGAUUUACCAUACAGAUUUCUUUUGUGGAUAAGCCAGUCCACAUAAACUUUGUAUCAUGAUCCAAUAGAUAUGGAAAUGAGGUUGCCGAGCAGAAAUUACUUUCAAGCUCCAUACAUCAAUGCCAUGCCUUCAUUCUCAGUGAUGUAUCGACGAACAUGUCGUAUAUGAAGUCUUUGAAUGGCAUUUUAGAAGUGAUACACAUCAUGAAGUGAAUGUAUGGGUUUUAAGGAGGUGUCCCAGUCGUCUAAGGUGCCGCAAUUCGCUGUGAAGAAACCUAUGAUUGUGGGUUCGAAUCCAGGUUCGCCCUGAUAAUGUUUCUAGGUUUGUCAGCACCAUACCCGUGCUCGUU